GCAUCACCUAAACACACAAUAGAAGAGAAUCAUUUGCGAUAAGUUAGCGCAAGCACUUUUCGUUAAAUCGUUCUAUUCGAAAUUUUAGAACGACAGUUUUUUGCAUCAUCAUGUCUACAUCAGAAAGUGAUUCAGUUCGUCAACGCUCAUCUCAAGAGGACACGAAUGACAAUCAUCCACUACCACCCUCAAAAGAAGAAGGACGUGGCUCGAUCGGUAGCAUUAAAAGCUCAAGCGAUCAUCUGCACAGCAAUAAAGAUGAAUUACAGAUGAAUCGACGUGUAGGCCUCUUCAGCGGUGUUGCUCUCGUCGUGGGAACAAUGAUCGGGUCCGGUAUCUUCGUAUCGCCAGGAAAUCUCCUUGGAAAUGCCGGUUCUCCUGGUUUGUGUCUCGUCCUGUGGGCUGUCUGUGGUCUCUACUCUUUAUUAGGUGCCAUUUCUUACUGUGAGAUUGGAACGCUGAUACCUAAAUCGGGUGGAGAGUAUAUUUAUUUUCUCGAGGCUUUUGGACACACACACAAAUUCUUUGGUCCAAUAUUAGCCUUCAUCUUUGCUUGGACAGUGGUUUUCUUAUUAAAACCAUCUUCUCUCGCUAUUCUGUCACUUUCGUUCGCCAAAUAUUUAAGCUCACCAAUCCUUACGGCGAUAAAUUUUUGCCCUGAUACCUAUUUGUCGUACGUUAUUAAUCGAUUGUUCGCAGCACUAUGCAUCGGUAUUAUUACCUUUAUCAACUGUUACUCUGUCACGGCUGCAACACGCGUUCAGAACAUCUUUACGGUCGCGAAAUUGACCGCAAUCGCCAUCAUUAUUGGCGGAGGAUUGUACUACCUAGGAUUGGGUUACACGGAAAACUUAGAAAUUGGAUUUGAAGGAUCGGCUACUUCGUUUGGUCAGAUAGCUACGGCAUUUUAUGGCGGCCUUUGGGCUUACGAUGGAUGGAAUAACUUAAAUUUCAUAACGGAAGAACUACAAAAUCCUUACAGGAAUUUGCCGUUGGCCAUUAUAAUCGCCCUUCCGCUGACUACCGUUUGCUACGUGCUAAUCAACGUCUCAUACUUGACUGUUUUGACACAACAAGAGAUUAUUUCCUCCAACGCGGUUGCAGUGGACUGGGGUAUCGAAGUGCUGGGUGCCGCUAGUUUCUUGAUACCCCUCGGAGUUGUGAUGUCAGUUUUCGGUACAGCCAACGGUUCCAUGUUUACCGCUGGAAGAAUUUCUCAUGUAGCUGGCAGAGAGGGUCACGCUCCCGAUUUCUUAUCUUAUAUUCACAUUGAGAAGAAAACACCUGUUGCUCCGAUUUUAUUAAACAGCCUGUUGGGAAUACUCAUGAUUAUCCCGGGAGACAUUGCGACAUUGAUAGAUUUUUUCGGUUUUACGUCGUCCAUCUUUUACUGCGCUGCGAUGGUAGCUCUAAUAGUAAUGCGAUUCACGAAGAAGAACGAGCACAGACCGAUCAAGGUGCCUAUAAUCAUCCCCGUAAUUGUUAUGGUGGUUUCAGCUUACCUAGUCAUCGGACCCAUAGCUGCAGCCCCACAAGUGCAAUACUUUUACGCCCUUCUUUUCAUUCUGGCCGGACUUAUUUUUUACGUGCCAUUUGUCUAUUACAAGACACAAGUGCCGGGAAUGAAAUCAUUUACUAUUGUCUGCCAGAAAGCUCUACAGAUCGCUCCGACAACAGUCCACUAAAACCAAAAGGAAAAAAUACAUUCGGAUUUCCCCCCGUGAAAAUUCAAGAUUUGAUCACAAUUUAAUUGUCUGUGCAUUUUUCUUUCUUAAGAGCGCAAAUCUAGAAUAUAACGGGAGUUCCAAAUUCAA